GGCUCCGCCAUAUUGGAAAUACUGGUGGUGUAGAUGGGAGUAAUUCCACGUCGAAAGAUACCAUUUGCCAAGCUUUCUCUCCUCUCUAAAAGGGAUUCUGCUUCAGCACUGCUCCAAGCCAUGCUGUAACGUAUGCAUGCAUGUUAGAGCUAUGGCCCCGCAGUUUCUGCUUCGAGCAGCACUGCGUCUGGAUCAUUCGCCCUUUGUCGCUUGCGGAAGUCCAGCAGCCCCAAAUUGGUGGUACAAGCCUUUAGCCCGGUCCAGCUGCGAGAAAUGGUUCGCUGCGAAGUGCGGUGUCUUUUCUUCGCGUUUUUCUCGAUCUAUUCACACGCAACGACUCGUGUUUACGGUGUGAUCAACGUCCGGUUCGGUGUUGGACCUUGACGGGGUACGAUGUCCGUGGAGACUAUGCCCCGCGAUACUUCCCUGUGAUUUUACUUCCCCAGCGGGUCUCUCCAUCGGAGCUCGUAUCAGCUGCGCCGCCACUGAUCCUCAGCAGCGCGGACGGGUGAGAUUCCGAGUGAGGGGAAGAACAGCAAUUUCAAGAGCUGAGCGUCGUCCACAUUGCUGCUCUCCAUUCUCGACCGAGAAAACUUCGCCGUCGUUACCCCGGCAGAUAUCUUGCGCAUUUACGAGCUCGGCGCGACAAAGAAGAAAAAGGGAAAAAAAACGAAGAAGAAGAGGAAAGGAGAGAAAGAAAGCCAAACCAAUUUAGCAUUGAAAAACAAAAUAAAAAAACAAAAACACACAGCAACCAUUGUGUGUGGGUUAGCACUAGGGUUGGCCAAAUCGAGGUCCAGCUUACAAAGAGCAUCAGAAAGACGACGCUAUGGUCUCGACCGAGUUCGCCACCGUUCGGCUCAAGCCCGGCACCGACGUCAAGAGCGAGGGCAAGGGCAAGGAAAUUGUUGAUCUCGUUUGCGAGACCGUUUCCAGGCAGGAAGGCUGUCUGUUCGUCGCCAGUGGGGUGACUGUGGAAGAUCCCGAGGUGUGGGAGAUGGUCGUCGAAUGGCGCGACAUCGCCGACCACAAGAGGUUCCAGACGAAUGAGGCGUACGGGCCGUUCAUGGAGAAGGCAAGGACGGUCGUGAGCGAGGAGCCCGGGAGCUUGGUCAUCAACCACGCCGACCUCACGACGCCAAUCAGCGACGUCACGUCCGCGCCCGUCGUCGAAGUCCUGCUGUUCUACGCCGCACCGGACGCGGGUCGCGACGACGAGCUCGUCGCGGCGGUCAGGGAACUUGUGGACGCGGGCCUCAAAAACGGAGCUGCCGUCACCAACGUCGCCGCCGGCUGGGUCGUCGAGCCGCUCGAGUGGCCGGAGAAAUUCGAGGGCAAGGCCAAAGCGUACCGCGUCGUGAUCGGAUGGGAGAGCGUCGAGAAGCACAUGGAGUACAGGGAGACGGACUCGUUCAAGCAGACGAUCCCCGCCGUGAGAGCGUGCGUCUUGGCCACUGACAUGCAUCACACCGUGUUCAACAAGUACGAGAAGCCUUGAGCGACCAGGUGCAGCAGUCACCGGUGGAGAGCCGCGACCUUGCGACCGCGAUCUUUUUCUCUUUCUCUCUCCUCGAAACUUUUCUACAUCUUCACUUGCCCCCCUUCCUUUGCAGUCUAUGAUGCUUUUCAACAAAAAGAGAAAAAAAAACGUCGAAGGGAUUAGACGCCAUGAAAAACGUGUUUUGACGAAGAGGUGAGGCCGAAAUAUAAAAGAAAGGAGACAAGUUGUUCCUCUAAAGAUAUGGGAAAAUCCAGUGACUGAAUUCUCUGCCCCUCUUCCCCGCCCCUUUCCAUUUCUUGUUCUGUUCGACGUCGCUUCAUUCCCAACGUCCAUAUCAAGCCGGUACAUACAGUCCGUCCCACAUCCCCCUUUCGGCUUUGUCGAGGGCGUUUCUUUCAAUGCCUCUCAUCGCUGUCGACGGACGAGCAAGCGCCUCUCUGUGUGGAUCGCAAACACGUAGCUUGGGAGAAGUCAACGGUCGGGCCUGGACUGGCAGAGCAGAUCAUAGAGGGGAUCUCAACGCCGCCUCCCUCUCUCACGACACAGCGACGAGCGGGUGCGGACCACGGGGAUUCCAGAGGCGGUGGGAUCAAGGUCAACGUCUCCGAGCAGCCCUUUUGCUUGUGCUCGCCCGUAGGGCAAAAAACGGCCCAAAGCGAGCACAGCAGCCCGGCGUUGCGCCUGCCAUGGUGACUUGACAUGGCUCACAUCACGACCAUCGGAGCGCUCUCUGUCCCUGCGCCUCUGGAACGAACAAGCACCAUUCUCACAUUCAAAUGCACGUGCCCCGGAGUCUUGUCACGCACGCAAAACUCUCAUCAGCCGCAGUCGGGUGCCGUUGCCAGAUAUUCACAGAGCCCAGCUGGUGAUCGCACAGAAGCAUUUGCGACGCAACG